AUGGACGUCGUCAAAGCCGUUGAGACCUAUAUCACGAAACUGGUUUCCAAACCAUCCGCAAUGAAGGUCUUACUACUAGACUCACAUACGACUCCAAUAGUCUCUCUCGCUUCGACGCAGUCGAUACUGCUUUCUCAUCAAGUCUACCUCACUGACCGGAUAGACAACAAGAAACGGGACCGCAUGCCUCACAUGAAAUGCGUUUGCUUCCUUCAGGCUACGGAAGAGAGUCUAGAAGCCCUACAGGUAGAGUUGCGGGGACCCAAGUAUUCAGAGUACUACUUGUACUUUACCAACAUCCUGAGCAAGUCCAACAUAGAGCUUCUUGCGAAGGUGGACGAAUACGAAGUUGUUCGGGAGGUUCAGGAAUACUUCGCAGACUACGCACCCCUAUUGCCCUCUCUAUUCUCAUUGAACCACACUCCGUCACCAUCUAAACCGUUGUAUGGGUCCACACCGAAUGCAUGGCAUCCCGACGCGCUUGAACGUUCUAUGCAAGGAAUAACGGCCGUCUUACUUAGCCUCAAGAAGAAACCAGUAAUCCGAUACGAGAAAAUGAGUGGGAUGGCAAAGAAGCUGGCUGUCGAGAUACAGCAUCGAAUACAGUCUGAAUCUACCCUCUUCGAAUUUCGUCUCACCCAAGUUCCACCACUACUAUUGAUUCUUGACCGCAGAAAUGAUCCUGUUACCCCGCUUCUCUCGCAAUGGACCUACCAAGCAAUGGUCCAUGAAUUGCUUGGUAUCCAAAACGGUAGAGUGAACCUGAGCAUGGUUCCCGACAUUCGGCCCGAACUUUCUGAAAUCACUCUCACCACAUCAACGGAUCCAUUCUUUCAGGCUCAUUAUCUCGCAACCUUCGGUGACUUGGGAUCGUCUCUCAAGAAUUAUGUCCAGUCAUAUCAGUCGCGGUCUAUGGCUCAGUCUCCAUCGUCUAUCAACUCAAUCGCAGAUAUGAAGCGCUUCGUUGAAGAGUAUCCCGAAUUUCGAAAGCUGGGAGGUAACGUCAGCAAACACGUCGCCCUGGUUGGCGAGCUGAGUCGGCUCGUUGGCCGAGACAAGCUUUUAGAAGUUGGAGAGAUUGAGCAAGGCCUCGCAACAAGUGCUGGGACUGAUUUCAAGAGUGUACACGAUCUGAUCGCGAAUAAAGGCAUACCACCAUGGAACAAGCUCCGUUUAGUUAUCCUCUAUGCCCUACGUUACCAGAAAACCCAAACGGCAAAUAUUGCUACUCUAAUCAAUCUUUUGCUUGCGAAUGGUGUUUCUCGAGAGGAAGCAAGACUUGUUUAUGUCUUUUUGAACGUCGCGGGAUCUGACCAACGUCAAGAUGACCUCUUUUCAACCGAGUCACUUCUUGCAAAAGGACGAUCGGCAUUGAAGGGUCUGAAGGGCGUCGAAAAUGUUUACACUCAACACACACCUCAUCUUUCUGGAACUCUGGAGAAUGUGUUCAGAGGCCGGUUAAAAGAAACAAGUUAUCCUUUUCUCGAAAAUCCGGGGCCUAAUGCUUCUCUUCAAAGACCGCAGGAUGUUAUAAUAUUCAUGAUUGGUGGUACCACCUAUGAAGAAGCACGCACAGUGACACUUCUCAACCAGCCACCCUCCACGCCUUCUGGUGUAAGACUGCUCCUUGGUGGGACCUGUGUUCACAACUCGUCGACGUAUCUGGAAAUGAUAAAAUCUGCUGCAGAGUCAUUUCCAGCGUCCGUAUAUGAGCCUCCUCCGGAAUCCGCCUCAAAUGCUCCUGCACUGAAUUUGAAUCUGGGAGGCGUCAAUACAACAGACGAUGUAAAGGUCAAGACACGCACUGGAGCUUUCUUGACAAUCCUUUCUGCUGCAAUCAUUCUUGCUUUCUCGACCAUGGAAUUCAUUGAUUAUCGGAGAGUUUACACCGACACGUCAAUUGUCGUAGACAAGAGCAGAGGAGAGAAGCUAACUGUGAACAUGAAUGUCACCUUCCCAAGAGUGCCUUGCUAUCUGCUCAGCGUGGAUGUGAUGGAUAUUAGCGGGGAGACACAACGCGACCUUUCGCACAAUAUUGUCAAGGCCCGCCUUGACAAGAAGGGCAAGCCUAUACCCAACUCCUUCAGCGCCGAACUGAGGAACGACAUUGACAAGAUGAACGAACAAACGUCCGGCGACUAUUGUGGAUCCUGCUAUGGAGGUCUCGAACCCAAAAGUGGGUGCUGUAACACUUGUGAGGAAGUCCGAACAGCAUAUGUUAACCGGGGCUGGAGCUUCACAAAUCCUGACGCCAUUGAGCAGUGUAAAUCCGAAGGCUGGGCUGACAAACUGCGCGAGCAAGCGGAUGAAGGGUGUAAUGUUUCUGGGCGGAUUCGUGUUAACAAGGUUAUUGGCAACAUUCAUCUUUCGCCAGGAAGGUCGUUCCAGACCAGUGGUCGCAAUGUCUAUGACUUGGUUCCAUACCUGAAGGAUGACGGCAAUCGACAUGAUUUCUCUCAUACGAUCCAUCAAUUCUCCUUCGAAGGUGACGAUGAAUACGACAUAUUCAAGGCUGCAUCCGGGCGGGAAAUGAAACAAAGAUUGGGACUUGUACAUAACCCGCUGGACGGUGCGGCUGGACGGACGAACAAAGCCCAAUACAUGUUCCAAUACUUCCUCAAAGUUGUCUCAACACAGUUCAGAACCUUGGAUGGGAAGACGGUCCGUUAUAUCUACCCCACCGGAGUGCAUGUGCAGCAUGGAGUUACCGGUGUACCUGGUGCUUUCUUUAACUUUGAGAUCUCACCAAUACUGGUGGUGCACUCCGAUACUCGGCAAUCGUUUGCACAUUUCCUCACAUCAACGUGUGCUAUCGUGGGAGGAGUGCUCACAGUAGCCUCUAUCCUCGAUAGCGUGCUCUUUGUAACAACUCGUGCCUUGAAAAAGACGGGUGUCAAUCAUGUCAAUGGAAAUAGUGUAGGGUAUGGAGGCGGAAAGCUCAUGUAA